UUGACGUCCAUCGCAGUUAUCGGUAGUGCUCUGGCGUUGCAGAGUCUCUCCGUGGAGGCUCACCAGGUCGUCUACGUUCCGUCGCCCACUUGGACGCGAGCCAACUCGACGGCUUCCGAGCGUCGUGAGCUCUGGAACCCGCUGUCUUUCCUCGAGAAGGAGGGAUUCAAGACGCAGGAGAACUUCACGCAGUACCAGGUCGACAAUGGCUACAAGAGUCUCCGCGACUUCAUGGAGAGGGCCAAGUACAAGCUGACGGAUGGAGCCGACCAGGCCUGCGGAUGGACCGACCCCAAGGGAAUCCCGCAACAGAUCCCCGAGGACGGCACGAUGCGCACGUCGGGCUACACCCACGACGGACCGUGUGAGAUCUACAUGGGCGACAAGCUGGCCCUCUCGUACCUCAACUGCCACGAGUCGAUCACUGACCAGACGUUCAAGCUGGACUACAGCGGCUGCGGGGAUAGCUGCAUCCUGUACUGGUACUGGCUGGGCGUGCGUAAGCUGAAGGGCAAGUUCUCGUGGCAAGUGUACAAGGAGUGCAUCCCGCUCUAC